GAUUAAUAAGGAAGAUGCACAUAACUAUUAUUGGAGCAGGAGUGAUUGGGCUCUCUACAGCUUUAUGUAUCCACGAGAAUUACCACCGCAUUGUGCGCCCUCUUAAGAUUGAAAUCUAUGCAGAUAAAUUUUCUCCACUUACCACCAGUGAUGGAGCAGCAGGGCUGUGGCAGCCAUAUUUAUAUGACAAUGGGAACACACAGGAAACAAAAUGGAAUAAAGAGACUUUUGAUCACAUGCUAAAAUUUGUCCAUUCAGUGGAAGCUCCAAACAUGGGACUGUUCCUGCAAUCCGGUUACAAUAUCCUGAAAGAACCAGCACCAGAGCCAUCCUGGAAGGACAUUGUCCUUGGGUUUCGGCAUUUAACUUCCAAAGAACUAGAACUGUUUCCUGGCUACAGCUAUGGAUGGUUCAACACUGCGUUAAUGAUUGAGGGAAAACACUACUUACCUUGGAUGAUGAAGAGGCUGGAGGAUCGAGGAGUGAAGUUUGUUCAUAAACGAAUUAAAAGUUUUGGUGAACUGGCUGCACUAGGCGCUGACGUCAUCAUUAACUGCACUGGGAUACGAGCAGGAGAGCUGCAGCCUGAUCCUGAAUUAAAACCAGGCCGAGGGCAGAUCCUAAAGGUGCAUGCACCUUGGAUGAAACACUUUAUUUUAACCCAUGAUCUGAAGACUGGAGUUUAUACCACACCAUAUAUCAUACCAGGGUCAGAUUCUGUCACGUUGGGAGGAAUUUAUCAGCUGGGAAAUUGGAGCGAGGAAAACAAUUCUGAGGAUUACAAGUGGAUUUGGGAUAAAUGUACUGAGUUGGUGCCCAGUCUUAAGAAUGCAAAGAUUGUGCAUACAUGGACUGGGCUGAGGCCAGCACGCAGCAAAGUGAGACUGGAGAGGGAAGCCUUUGUUUCUGGAUCUAACAAGAGCCAGAUAAUUCACAACUAUGGCCAUGGUGGAUACGGUCUUACAAUUCAUUGGGGGUGUGCCAUGGAGGCAGCAAAGAUCUUUGGGCAGAUCCUUGCAGAAAGGAACCUUAAAGAGACUCCUAAGUCUUCCCUUUGAUUUUGACUGCCACAUACAGAAAUCAUCCAGGAAGUGAAACUGCCACAAAACAAGUUUUGAAUUUAGAAUGAAGACUAUGAUUUCUCUGAUUUCUUGUAUGCUAUCUUGGUACAGUAUCCAGUUUGGCUAACAAUUUUACCAAUCAAUACUUCAACAUGUAUAGUUUCAUAUUUGCACCAAUUCACCCAAAAACAGUUUGAUCUUCUGACUACACUUACUGAACAGAUCUGACUAGUAGUUUUGCAUUAAGAUUAGUCCAUCUUGAAGAAGACCUUUCCACUAACCUUUGACCUUCUCACUAGCCCACUUCAAAUUUGCAUCAAUAUGCAGAAGUUUAUUCUUCUAACUAUAAUGCCCAUGUAAUAAGACACUAAGGGGCUGAUUUACUAACCCACGAAUUUGAAUCCGAAUUGGAAAAAUUCCGAUUGGAAAACGAACAUUUUGCGACUUUUUCGUAUUUUUUGAGAUUUUUUCGGCGCCUUUACGACUUUUCGGAAAUUAUCGCGACUUUUUCGUUACCAAUACGAUUUGCGCGAAAAAACGCGAGUUUUUCGUAGCCAUUCCGAAAGUUGCGAUUUUUUCUUAGCGUUAAAACUUGCGCGAAAAGUUGCGCUUUUUUCGUAGCGUUAAAACUUAAAAGGGGCAACGUUUUGCGCAAGUUUUAACGCUACGAAAAAAUCGCAACUUUCGGAAUGGCUACGAAAAACUUGCGUUUUUCCGCAAAAAUCGUAUUGGUAACGAAAAAGUCGCGAUAAUUUUCCGAAAAAAUCGCAAAAUACCGAUCAUUACGAAAUAAACGCAAUCGGACGCAUUUGGCCUGUUCGUGAGUAAGUAAAUGGGCCCCUAAGUUUGCCCAGAAGCAGUAACCAAUAGCAACCAAUAAGAUGUUUGACCUGAGCAAACUAAAUGCCUUGUAUUACAUAACGUAUUACGAGCAAUACGGACAACAUAUUGCUUAUCACUAUUUAAUUUAGAGCCAGUUGACAAUAAAAGUCUGACAAUAAAA